AACUUCUUCGCCUCAUUCCUCAACAUGCAGAAUAAGCUCUUUUUUCUCUCCAUGAUCGGCAUGGCCGCUGCGGGUCCCACCAAGCGUGCCUACUACAACUACCUCAAAAAUAACACCUGCCUUACAGCACCUGAGGUGGCCAAAGAUAGCACUUGGCUCCCUAAUGCCCCUGUUACCGAUGAUGUUGUCGGAAGCAACGGAGGCGUGCCCAUGUUUGUCGAUGUCGGUAUCAUGGACACCACAACUUGUCAAGCCAUGACCGAUGUCCUUGUCGAGAUUUGGUCCCCCAACGCUGUCGGCGACUACGAGAGCAACUCCCUUCGUGGUGCUCAACUCACCGACCAGAACGGCAUCGCCGAGAUUCAGACCAUCUUCCCGGGAUUCACCUCCGAUGGUGCCAACCACGUCAACGUGAUCGUUCACCGUCCAGGCGUCACCUCUCCCGAAGGUGUCUCGACCGUGGCUCACGUCGGCCAGCUCUUCUUCACGGACAAGUGGACCGAGGUCGUCUCCAUUGACUCCGGGAUCGCUCCAUACAACGGGAACACGAACACUAGGACUCUGAACAACAACGACCCGAACUUCAUUCAGGCUAGCACGAACGCCUACUACCCCGUUCUUGAUAUCGAGGACAUCCAGGAUGACUGGCCCGCUGGUGUCACUGCUUACAUCACCAUCGGUAUCAACCCAGACGCCGAGUACUCCCUUGACUAAAGGAGUCAUGGGCCAAACUGUGGGUAAUGAGAUGAGGAUGAGGCGCGAAGGAUGCCAGGCCCGUGAUCAGACGACUCGUAACGAAUUGUUAAUGCAUUUAGGACAUAAAUGAUAAAACUAUUUUGCGG